AUGGACACGAGUUUUGUAAUGACUCCUGCAGGCAAAUUCAAAGUCAUCCUACUAAUGUUACCUCUGUCGUCGAGCAAAAGCGCACCCGCGUUGCUUAUCGACCGUCUUCCCACAAACCCACCUGCGUAUCUUAAAUGCAAGUUCGUAUACCAGACUACAGGAAGCAAGAUACUUCCUUGGCAGCUACUUCGGUCUGGACAGAAGAUAUUGACUACCGCGCCGUAUGUAGCAGGCGUAGCGGCCGUCGGUGGGGUGUCGUGGUUAGCUGGGAGCUUGCUUAUUCGGCGGAACGUGCGCAUCCUAUUACUAGGUAAUCCAGCUAGCGGUCGGCUUGGAACCCCUCUGGUAUGCAUACUAGGCCGGGAGCCCUCUCGAUACCGUCACUUUCUACUCCUGGCCCUACUCGCCUAUCCCCCACUUGACCCGUCCGGAUCCUUCGAUCACUUGGCCUCCCUACUCGAUCACAAUUCGGAUGCCUCAUCUACGAUUGCUUCCGUAGUCCUUCCAACCCGCCCCGACCUUUUAUGGGAUAUCUUCAGUGGCUGA